AUGGCCGAAAUGGGCUUUCUAGAGCCCGUGGCUCCUCUCCCCACGCCGGCAGUCACCAACAAUCCCCCAGAAAACACCCUCGACAAAGAAUCCUGGAAGCAUCGUCCACCCUACAACCGGCAGAGUCAUGAAGAUGAAGGUCCUGUCAAGCUGCGUGCAUUUUGCCAGUGUCGAAAGAUCUCAUACAUCCUGAGACAAGAGAAGCCACUCGAUGCCAAAUUCUGUCACUGUCGCGGAUGCCAGGUCAUGCAUGGCGCUCCUUUCCAAUGGGCUGCUAUCUUUCAUAAGAAGGAUGUCUCUUUCAACACUGGAUCCUGUGGCUUGAAUUUCUAUUCUUCGUCCAAGAACAGUCAAGACUAUCACACCCCGACCAAGGUCUCGUGCGCCUUCUGCCAUACCUUGAUCAUGGAUGAAGGACGCAAUGUCUGUCUGCUCUUCCCGCAGUUAAUUGAGUUUGAGGGUUCAAUUGAGGAGCAGAAAAAGCAGCGGGAACUCUUUAAACCAACGUAUGUCCAAACUGUUUUUAAUCUGAUCCAUGGGGAUGUUUUGCUGACUGUUUCGUACCUAUUCAGGUGCCACAUCUAUUAUGAACAACGUAUCAUGGAUUUGCCCGACGGAAUUACAAAGUGGUCCGCGAUGAAUGACCAAAGUGACAGACUGGAUGACUCUGGUCGUCGAAUUUAA